AUGGCAAGCGUCAAAACCACACCGCCCAAUUUAGUCAGAGACCUGCUUCCUUCACAGACCACACCGCCCAAUUUAGUCAGAGACCUGCUUCCUUCAAAGACCACACCGCCCAAUUUAGUCAGAGCCCUGCCUCCUUCAAAGACCACACCGACCAAUUUAGUCAGAGCCCUGCUUCCUUCAAAGACCACACCGCCCAAUUUAGUCAGAGCCCUGCCUCCUUCACAGACCACACCGCCCAAUUUAGUCAAAGCCCUGCCUCCUUCAAAGACCACACCGCCCAAUUUAGUCAGAGCCCUGCCUUCUUCACAGACCACAUUGCCCAAUUUAGUAAGAGCCUUGCUUCCUUCACAGACCACAUCGCCCAAUAUAGCCAGAGCCUUGCUUCCUUCACAGACCACAUCGCCCAAUUUACCAGAGCCCUGCUUCCUUCACAGACCACAUCGCCCAAUUUACCAGAGCCCUGCUUCCUUCACAGACCACAUCGCCCAAUUUACCAGAGCCCUGCUUCCUUCGCAGACCACAUCGCCCAAUUUACCAGAGCCCUGCUUCCUUCACAGACCACAUCGCCCAAUUAAGUCAGAGCCCUGCCUCCUUCACAGACCACAUCGCCCAAUUAAGUCAGAGCCCUGUCUCCUUCACAGACCACAUCGCCAAAUUUACCAGAGCCCUGCUUCCUUCACAGACCACAUCGCCCAAUUAAGUCAGAGCCCUGCCUCCUUCACAGACCACACCACCCAAUUAAGUCAGAGCCCUGCCUCCUUCACUGACCACAUCGCCCAAUAUAGCCAGAGACCUGCCUCCUUCACAGACCACAUCGCCCAAUAUAGCCAGAGACCUGCCUUCUUCACUGACUACAUCGCCCAAUAUAGCCAGAGACCUGCCUUCUUCACAGAGCACAUCGCCCAAUAUAGCCAGAGCCCUGCCUCCUUCACAGACCACAUCGCCCAGUUUACCAGAGCCCUGCCUCCUUCACAGACCACAUCGCCCAAUAUAGCCAGAGACCUGCCUCCUUCACAGGCCACAUCGCCCAAUAUAGCCAGAGACCUGCCUCCUUCACAGACCGCAUCGCCCAAUAUAGCCAGAGACCUGCCUCCUUCACAGACCACAUUGCCCAAUAUAGCCAGAGACCUGCCUCCUUCACAGACCACAUCGCCCAAUACAGCCAGAGCCCUGCCUUCUUCACAGACCACAUCGCCCAAUAUAGCCAGAGACCUGCCUUCUUCACAGACCACACCGCCCAAUAUAGCCAGAGACCUGCCUUCUUCACAGACCACAUCGCCCAAUAUAGCCAGAGCCCUGCCUCCUUCACAGACCACAUCGCCCAAUAUAGCCAGAGCCCUGCCUCCUUCACAGACCACAUCGCCCAAUAUAGCCAGAGACCUGCUUCCUUCACAACACCGCCCAAUAUAG